UUAAAUCUUGCAGAAGUCGACGAAAAUGUACCAGCUCUUAUGAACAAAAAUCUGAUGGCGUCUUUACCGUAAAAUUGAAAAAAUCAUUAAUAGAAAUAGGCCACUUAGAAAUGAGUGGGGGAUAUGGGUAUAAAGAUAUUCCUCGUUCUACUUGGGAUGGGUGUUGUAAGCUACCGAUUGGCAACUCUUAUAUGUUGGAAGAAAUUGGUGAGCAGUUUCGAGGUGGUUCUCCUGAAACUUUUUCGAAGUUAAGAUCAAUUGUACCAAUUUGUUAUGAAGAACAUCGUAAGCAUAUUUUUGAUUUCAUUAUCCUCCUUUGGGAUCUCAAGUCUCUUGAUACACAGUGUGGAUUAUUGGAAACUUCCAACACAAUAUUUCAGCUGAGAGAUGAACAUAAUGAUAAUUUGUUUGAAUCAUCAAAACUUUCCGGAAGUCUUCCAGCGAAUCCAUUUACACCAAAUAAAGAUAGAGGUAUUAAAGAUGCAAAUGAAAAUAGUGAUCUUGAUCAUUCUCCAAUUCGAUCUGGCAGAAAUGAUAAAAAAGAUUUCGAAUC